AUGUUGUCCAAGGUCCAGGUCUACAUGUUCUACAUGAGCCGCAGAGAGGUCAGAGCCAUGCUUCCCCCGGACGUCAGCGGCCACAAGCCCCGCCGCCGCUCCUCAGUGGUUGCCGCCAACGUUUCCUCGCUGCCUCGCCGUCACAAGAGCAGCCGUGACUUCCCACUGGCCCUGAAGCGGCGCCGCUCCGGUCCCGUCCCGGAGCGCAGGGUCAACUGUGUCCUGGUCGGGGACGGCGCGGUGGGCAAGACCAGUCUGGUGGUCAGCUACACCACCAACGGAUACCCGGCACGGUAUGUGCCCACCGCCUUUGACAACUUCACAGCGGUGGUGGCGGUGGACGGGACACCAGUCAGGCUGCAGCUGUGCGACACGGCGGGACAGAAAUGGGGAGUGGAUGACGGAGCGAUCAAUGACGAGCUGGAUCGACUCCGCCCUCUCUGCUACCAAAACGCAGACGUCUUCCUGCUGUGCUACAGCGUAGUCCGACCCGCUUCCUUCCGCAAUCUGACCCACAGGUGGGUGCCCGAAAUCCGCCGCCACUGUCCUGGCACGCCGCUCGUCCUUGUGGGCACCCAGCUGGACCUGAAGGAGGACGUCCAGGUCCUGAUCCAGCUGGCACAGAACCAGGAGCGCCCGGUAGGCUCGGAAGAAGGCCGGCAGCUGGCUCAGCUGCUGGGCGCCGCUGGUUUCGCUGAGUGCUCGGCGCUGACCCAGAAGAACCUGAAGGAGGCGUUUGAUUCGGCUAUUUUGGCCAGCAUCCGUCAGACACAAGAUGGCGGCCUCAGUGGCGGUGGCGACGUGCGGCCGCAGAGACUCACCCUGAAGAGGAAGACUCCAGACAAGAUCAAGAAGCUCUCAGAAACAUGGUGGAGGAAGAUCCGAUGUCUGGUAGGAGAACACUGUGAUCACCUGACGACUUGACCGACUCACUUUCUUCAGGCCUCUGAUUGGCCGAAAUGGUCUUAGAGUUCCUGGUUAGCAGCCACUGUUCCUUUGACAUACACUUGAGCUGUAUUAAUGCUUCACUUCUUUUUACACUUGUACGAAUUUCCAACUGAAAACACUGCCUGCAUGAUGAAUAAAUCUUCUACCAUGGCCACAGUUUGACCCUGGAACGGAUGGCGUCAGAUGCUGUGUUGAAGUCCCUCAGUGGGCGACGUGAGGGUAAUCUGGUAAGAAGCUAACGAGUCCUCUAAUUGGAGCAGACAGGACCACCUGGGCGGGAUUACAGCAGCAUAUGGAGCUUGAUUCCUCCUCUGUCAAAGAUUUACCUGCUUCUUGGGUAUAUGGGGGCCAUUAGUCCGGGCGGUGGACAGGAGCUAGAGAGUGAAAUAUUCCAUAAAAUAUUCCAUAAAAUAAGAAAAUUCCAGGUUUAGAUCAGCAAUUAAGGUAAUAUGAAUCAAGAAAGGCUGCACGGCGGUAGAGUGGUUAGUUCCCUCGGCCAUCUCUGUGUGGAGUUUGCAUGUUUCCCUGUUCAUACAUGUCCUAAUAAUAAUAAUAGUAAUGACUAGAUGCAAUGUGAGCAGACAUUGCGCGUAAAAAAACUGAAACGCUUUGAAAAGGCACAAAAAUCGAAAUUUUGAAUGAAAAACAAGUCGCUCGGAAGCUGAAGCUGGACUGAAAUGCUGUGGAAAUAUGCUAAAACAUAGAAUGAAAGUAUGAGUAAAUUGGUAGUUUGAGCUCAAAUGGGGAAUUGAACCAUCUCUGGGUCUGGAUCUAUAUGUGCCCUGUGAUUGGCUGGCCACCAGUCCAGGGUGUACCCCGCCUCUCGCCCGAAGACAGCUGAGAUAGGCUCAAGCACCCCCCCCCCCCACCCCCCCCGCGACCCUCGUGAGGAUAAGCGGUAGAAA